AUGACCCGGCCCAGGCCCAUUUACCUUGUGGACUUCUCUUGUUACCUCCCUCCUGACCACCUCAAAGUCCCCGUCACUCUGUUCAUGAACAACUCUAGACUCACCGGAGACUUCGACGAGUCUUCCCUCGAGUUUCAGCGUAAGAUUCUUGAACGGUCUGGUUUGGGAGAUGAUACUUAUCUUCCUGAAGCUAUGCAUCAGGUUCCUCCGAGUAUCUCUAUGGCUGCUGCUAGGGAAGAAGCUGAGAAGGUUAUGUUCGGUGCGUUGGAUAAACUGUUCGCUAACGCGAACGUGAAGGCGAAGGAUGUUGGGAUCUUAGUUGUGAACUGUAGUCUCUUUAAUCCGACUCCUUCGUUGUCUGCGAUGAUUGUGAAUAAGUAUAAGCUUAGAGGGAACAUUAGAAGUUAUAAUCUCGGUGGGAUGGGUUGUAGCGCUGGGGUUAUAGCGGUGGAUCUCGCUAAAGAUAUGUUGUUAGUACAUAGGAACACUUAUGCGGUUGUUGUCUCCACGGAGAAUAUAACUCAGAACUGGUACUUUGGUAAUAAGAAAGCUAUGUUGAUACCGAACUGUUUGUUUCGUGUUGGUGCCUCCGCGGUUUUGCUGUCUAACAAGUCUAGGGACAAGAGGAGGUCUAAGUACAGGUUGUCACAUGUGGUUAGGACUCACCGUGGAGCAGAUGAUAAAGCUUUUCGUUGUGUUUAUCAAGAACAGGACGAGACAGGAAGAACCGGUGUUUCCUUGUCGAAAGAGUUGAUGGCUAUUGCUGGGGAGACUCUCAAGACUAAUAUCACUACAUUGGGUCCUCUUGUUUUACCGAUAAGUGAGCAGAUUCUUUUCUUCAUGACUCUUGUUGUGAAGAAGCUUUUUAACGGUAAGGUUAAACCGUAUAUACCGGAUUUUAAACUUGCUUUUGAGCAUUUCUGUAUCCAUGCUGGUGGAAGAGCUGUGAUUGAUGAGUUGGAGAAGAAUCUGCAGCUUUCACCGGUUCAUGUUGAGGCUUCGAGGAUGACUCUUCAUAGAUUUGGGAACACGUCUUCGAGUUCGAUUUGGUAUGAGUUGGCUUACAUUGAGGCUAAAGGGAGGAUGAGAAAAGGUAACAGGGUUUGGCAGAUUGCGUUUGGGAGUGGGUUUAAGUGUAACAGUGCGGUUUGGGAAGCUUUGAGGAAUGUGAAACCUUCUAAGGAUAGUCCUUGGGAAGAUUGUAUUGAUAAGUAUCCAGUAACGUUAAGUUAUUAGGCUUUUGUUUGAGGAACUUGGAGAGACUCUACUCAGUAUUCAUGGUUAUGUUCUGUCUUUGAUCCUUGACAAAUGUCAAUGUUCUUGUUUUUGUUUUAUUACGUUUGGGAGAUUAUUUUGAUAUUUGUGAGUUGCAUUUCUUGAACUUCAUGCUUUUGUGUUCA